AUGUCGAUGGCGGUGGUCCAAAAAGAACCGGAGCAGGUGAUGAAACUGAGAGGUGGAUCAGUACUGGGAAAGAAGACCAUUCUUAAAAGCGACCAUUUCCCUGGCUGUCAAAAUAAGCGCUUAACUCCUCAAAUCGACGGCGCUCCCAAUUACCGUCAGGCGGAUUCGUUAUCUGUGCAUGGUGUUGCGAUUCCAACAAUAGAAGGAUGUCGUAAUGUUAUUAAGCAUAUAAGAGAUCAGAAAGAUGGGAAGCAAGCACAAGUUUUAUGGUUUAACCUUCGUGAAGAACCGUUGGUGUAUAUUAAUGGACGUCCCUUUGUCUUGCGUGAUGUGGAGAGGCCUUUCUCCAACCUUGAAUAUACGGGAAUAAACAGGUCUAGGGUUGAAGAAAUGGAGGCCCGGUUGAAAGAGGAUAUUCUGAUGGAAGCUGCAAGAUAUGGAAAUAAGAUACUUGUCACAGAUGAACUGCCGGAUGGUCAGAUGGUGGACCAAUGGGAACCAGUGUCAUGUGAUUCUGUGUAUGAGGAUUUGCAAGCAGAAGGAUAUCUGUAUGAUUAUGAACGAGUUCCUAUAACGGAUGAAAAAUCUCCAGAGGAGCAGGAUUUUGAUACCUUAGAGCAAAGAUAUCCAAUGUACGACAUGUUAGAAUUUCUCUUGAUGGCAAUUCUACAUAUCCUGAGGCCUUCAACUGAACCAGGAUCUACAGAAACUGGAUUCCAAUUUGGAACUGAAGCGUUGUACCAUAACUCCAUGCUUAAUCUGCCAUCAACCUUGAAUGAGUACAUGCAAGAAGAUAGCAUAGUCAGAGCAGUAGAAUUUAGAAUGCCUCAUGUCGAUAGAAUCUAUCAGACUGACUUGAAUGCAGAUAUAAUAUUUAAUUGUCAAAUGGGGCGUGGAAGGACUACAACUGGGAUGGUGAUAGCAACUUUGUUACUGACAUUGUCUUUGUCAUCAUGUCACGUGAAAAUAGGUAUUCAGCGAACCAAUUCAGUAGGGAGAAUCUUUGACUUUGGUUUGAAUGUCAAAGAAAAUUUGCCAAACUCAGAGGAGGCACUUCGCAGAGGAGAAUAUGCAGUCAUCAGAAGUCUGAUCCGGGUUUUAGAGGGUGGUGUUGAAGGGAAAAAACAGGUGGAUAAAGUCAUUGACAAGUGUGCCUCCAUGCAGAACUUACGUGAAGCAAUUGCCAAUUAUCGCAAUAGUAUUCUUCGUCAACCCGAUGAGAUGAAGCGAGAGGCAUCGCUUUCAUUUUUUGUGGAAUACUUGGAAAGAUAUUACUUCCUCAUAUGUUUUGCUGUAUAUAUUCACUCAGAGAGAGAUGCCCUCCGUUCUAGUUCUUUUGGUCAUAGCAGUUUUGCAGACUGGAUGCGAGCACGCCCAGAACUUUAUAGCAUUAUUCGUAGGUUGCUCAGGAGAGACCCAAUGGGUGCACUUGGAUAUGUGAGUCUCAAGCCAUCUCUAAAGAAGAUUGCUGAAUCUGCUGAUGGCCGACCUCAUGAGAUGGGUGUAGUUGCCGCAUUGAGAAAAGGGGAGGUGUUAGGAAGUCAGACUGUUCUAAAAAGUGACCACUGUCCUGGUUGUCAACACCCUGGUUUACUGGAGAGAGUGGAUGGUGCACCUAAUUUCCGAGAAGUUCCUGGCUUUCCAGUUUAUGGGGUUGCAAAUCCAACCAUUGAUGGUAUUCUUUCUGUCAUUCGAAGGAUUGGCAGCUCUAAAGGUGGUCGCCCAGUUUUUUGGCAUAAUAUGAGAGAAGAACCUGUUAUCUACAUAAAUGGAAAGCCAUUUGUACUCCGUGAGGUUGAAAGACCAUAUAAAAACAUGCUGGAAUACACAGGAAUUGGUCGUGAGAGAGUGGAGAGGAUGGAAGCUCGACUGAAAGAAGAUAUCUUGCGGGAAGCUGAACGCUAUGGAGGUGCUAUAAUGGUCAUUCAUGAAACAGAUGAUGGUCAAAUUUUUGAUGCUUGGGAGCAUGUAGAUUCUGAUUCUGUUAAGACCCCACUUGAGGUGUUCAAAGGCUUAGAUACUGAUGGUUUUCCUAUUAAGUAUGCUCGUGUUCCAAUCACAGAUGGUAAAGCUCCUAAAAGUUCCGAUUUUGACACAUUGACAGUCAAUAUUGCUUCUGCUUCAAAGGAUACUGCUUUCGUUUUCAAUUGCCAGAUGGGAAGGGGAAGGACUACAACUGGCACUGUAAUUGCUUGCCUUCUGAAACUUAGAAUACAUUAUGGAAGACCAAUUAGAGUCUUAGCUGACGAUGUGACCCAUGAAGAGGUGGAAAGCGGAAGCUCAAGUGGUGAAGAUACUGGAGGUGACACUGCUGCAUCCAUCUCCGACAUUGCCAGUGUAAAAACUGAUAUGGAGCAAAGUCGUGCUUUUGGUAUUGAUGAUAUCCUGCUGCUAUGGAAGAUAACAAGAUUAUUUGAUAAUGGCAUGGAAUGCCGAGAGGCCUUGGAUGCUAUUAUUGAUAGAUGCUCUGCUCUGCAGAACAUACGCCAAGCCGUUCUGCGAUACAGGAAGAUGGUCAAUCAACAACAGGUUGAGCCAAGAGUCCGGAGAGUAGCAUUGAGCCGUGGUGCUGAAUACUUGGAGAGGUACUUCCGUUUAAUUGCCUUUGCAGCAUAUCUAGGAAGUGAAGUAUUUGAUGGAUUUUGCGGACAAGGAGAAUCAAGGAUGACAUUUAAGAGUUGGUUGCAUCAAAGACCUGAAGUCCAAGCAAUGAAAUGGAGCAUUCGAUUAAGACCAGGGCGUUUUUUCACUGUCCCGCAGGAGGAGUUGAGAACACCUCAGGAAUCUCAGCAUGGAGAUGCAGUAAUGGAGGCCACUGUCAGGGUCCGUAAUGGUUCUGUUUUGGGGAAAGGUUCUAUCCUCAAAAUGUAUUUCUUUCCUGGUCAGCGGACUUCCAGCCACAUACAAGUUCAAGGAGCACCACAUGUUUACAAGGUGGAUGGAUAUCCUGUGUAUAGCAUGGCAACUCCAACGAUUGCUGGUGCCAAAGAGAUGCUAGCGUAUUUGAGUGCCAAGCCCAAGAUAGAAGGAUCUCUGGCUCAGAAAGUGAUAUUGACUGAUCUCAGAGAAGAAGCUUUUGUUUACAUCAAUGGCACACCUUUUGUCCUCAGGGAGCUAAAUAAACCUGUUGAUGCACUCAAGCAUGUUGGGAUAACUGGUUCAGUGGUAGAACUCAUGGAGGCCCGAUUAAAAGAAGAUAUAGUAUCUCAGAUUAGACAGUCUGGUGGUCGAAUGCUUUUACAUCGUGAAGAAUAUAACCAAGCAACAAAUCAGCCCCGUAUCGUAGGAUAUUGGGAGAACAUUUCUGCAGAUGAUGUGAAGACACCAGCUGAAGUGUAUGCUGCUCUAAAGGCUGAGGGUUACGAUAUAGCAUAUAGGAGGAUUCCAUUAACGAGAGAGAUGGAGGCACUAGCUUCUGAUGUUGAUGCAAUACAAUAUUGUAAAGAUGACUGCGCUGGGAGCUACCUUUUUGUUUCACCCACAGGGUUUGGAGGUGUUGGUUAUGCAAUGGCAAUUAUUUGUAUUAGACUUGAUUCGGAAGCAAAGUUCUCGUCAAAUAUUGCACAAACAUCAGUUGGUAGACGUUCAUUGUCUAUGUCUGAAGCAAACUUGCCAUCUGAAAUGUCAGAUGAAGAAGCACUGAGGAUGGGUGACUACCGUGACAUACUUAGUCUUACAAGAGUUCUCAUCCAUGGUCCAAAGAGCAAAGCAGAUGUUGACAUUGUUAUCGAAAAGUGUGCAGGUGCAGGGCAUUUGCGUGACGAUAUUCUUUAUUACAUCAAGGAACUUCGAAAGUUUCCUGAUGGUGAUGAUGAGCAACGUGCAUACCUCAUGGAUAUGGCCAUUAAGGCAUUAAGGAGGUACUUCUUUCUAAUCACAUUCAGAUCAUACCUCUACUCCACUAAAGCGAGUGAAAUGAAAUUCGUAUCAUGGAUGGAUUCAAGGCCUGAACUAAGACAUCUAUGUAAUAAUCUCAGGAUCGAUAAAUAA